AUGGGUUUUGUGGUUCACCACAAAAUGAUGUCUCUUGCGAUAUUAUUAGUGAUUGCAGUUUCAAUCACAAUGUCUUCCUCCCAAAACACACAGCCAGGGCCUCUCGUGAUUUCCCCAAGUCAAUACUUUGACGGCAAUGAUGGGCCUUGGAGCAGCUUCGACAUUCGCGUCGGUACCCCAGAGCAAUACAUUAGAACGCUAGUCUCGACGGCCUCCCCGCACUCGUUGGUUCCUUUAUCCGAGUUUGCUUGCUCGAGUUCGGUUUUCACAGCUGUCCGUCCAGACUGUGCCGUGUCCAGAGGCAACUUGUUCAAUCUCACACAGACCUCAAGCUGGCAUGACGUGGGUGUCUACGGAAUCAACCAAAAUGGGGUCGGUCUCGAAGCAAAUUUAGGAUACAACCAGACAGCCCAGUUCGGUCUGGAGCACUUGGGAAUUGGGCUCGAGGGACCCAGCUUCGACAACCAAAAUAUCGGCGGCAUUGCAACACCCGAGCCAUUUUACCUUGGCAUCUUUGGGCUCAACAACCAACCCAUCAAUUUUAGCACUUUGGGAAACCACUCGUCGCCUUCAUUCCUUACAUCACUCAAAGACGAGAAGAAGAUACCGAGCCUUAGUUGGAGUUACACGGCUGGUGCAAAGUAUCGCCUCAAGAAAGUCUUGGCCCAGUUAAUCUUUUCGGGUUACGACACGUCUCGGUUCAAAGAGAACACCGUCUCAUUUACCAUGGUAGAUGAUGUUACUCGGGAUCUCGUGGUCGCUCUUCAAUCCAUUAGCUAUAGCGGGUCAACUUCUGCCACGUUGCUCUCCAGUCCCAUUGAUAUCUUCAUUGACUCGACAGAUCCACACAUAUGGCUUCCGGCGGAUGCUUGCGACGCUUUUGAAGAGGCCUUUGGUCUUAGACUUGACAGCAAGUCUGGAUUAUAUUUGGUAAACGACACACAUAGAGCCGCCUUGCUCGACUCGAAGGCGGAAGUGUCCUUUCGGCUUUCAGACGUGAAGUCAGGGGGAGAUACAGCGACGAUAACCUUCCCUUACGACGCAUUUGACCUUACGGCAGACUAUCCCCUCGUCGACAACCGCACUUAUUAUUUUCCCUUACGACGCGCCAACAAUCCGGGGCAGUACACACUUGGACGGACGUUCUUGCAGGAAGCCUAUUUAUCCGCUGACUAUGAGCGCAAGACAUUCAACGUAUCGGCAUGCAUUUGGGACCAGGGUGCAAAGCAGACCAUUAUAACCAUCCCUUCUACAGAGUUCGAAGACUCUAACCUGACCAGCGUCCAGCCUUCUUCAAACAGGUCCGGCCUAAGCGGCGGGGCCAUUGCGGGCAUCGUGGCUGCUUCCGUGGUUACUGGAAUUCUUGUUAUCGCCAGCGUCAUCGUGAUAAUCCUUCGGAAACGGAGGAAG